GCUCGGGACCAGUGUCUGCCUGGGGUGCGGUUGCUGGUGAGCCACGCAGGCGACUAUGUAAAGCCCCUCCAUUCACUGGCCCCGCACCUCCGAGUCCUCGGCGCAGUGAGAGCCUAAAGCAGACGGACUACAUCUUUGGUUCCUUCCACCCUCCAGCCGCAGCGCAGAGCUCCAGACAGCAGGACAGCCUGCCCACCCACCGCCCUGGCAAUGCCAAGCGAGUAUCACUGUGCGAAACAGAGAAACGAUUGCUCAAGACCCUCCCUGCAAUGGUACACCCGAGCGCAGAACAAGAUGCGAAGACCCAACUUGUUGUUAAAAGACAUUUUCAAGUGCAUACUUCUUGUGUUUGGAGUGUGGAUCCUUUAUAUCCUCAAGUUAAAUUAUACUACUGAAGAAUGUGAUAUGAAAAAAGUGCAUUAUGUGGAUCCUGACCGCAUCAAGAGAGCUCAGAAACACGCGCAGCAAGUCUUGCAAAGGGAGUGCCGGCCCGGGUUUGCCAGGAAGUCCAUGGCGCGGCUGUUUGAGCACAGGUACAGCGUGGACUUGCCGCCCUUCGUGAAGAAGGGCCCCAGGGCGAGCGAGGCCGAGUACAAGUACGACCCUCCUUUCGGAUUCCGGCAGUUCUCGGGGAAAGUGCAGAGCCUCCUCGAACUCCUGCCUGAGCACGACCUUCCUGAACACUUGAAAGCGAAGAGCUGUAGGCGUUGCGUGGUCAUCGGAAGCGGCGGGAUACUCCACGGACUAGAGCUGGGCCCGGCCCUGAACCAGUUCGAUGUGGUGAUCAGGUUAAACAGUGCGCCCGUUGAGGGAUAUUCAGAGCACGUUGGAAAUAAAACGACUAUAAGGAUGACUUAUCCAGAGGGCGCCCCACUGUCUGACUUGGAAUAUUAUUCCACUGACUUGUUUGUCGCUGUUUUAUUUAAGAGUGUGGACUUCAACUGGCUUCACGCAAUGGUGCAGAACGAAACCCUGCCAUUUUGGGUACGACUCUUCUUUUGGAAGCAGGUGGCAGAAAAAAUCCCAUUACAGCCAAAACAUUUCAGGAUUUUGAAUCCAGUUAUUAUCAAAGAGACUGCCUUUGACAUCCUUCAGUAUUCAGAGCCGCAGUCCAGGUUCUGGGGCCGAGAUAAGAACGUGCCCACGAUUGGUGUCAUUGCCGUUGUCUUAGCCACACACCUGUGUGAUGAAGUCAGCUUGGCAGGCUUUGGCUAUGACCUCAGCCAACCCAGAACGCCUCUGCAUUACUUCGACAACCUCUGCAUGGCGGCCAUGAACUUUCAGACCAUGCACAACGUGACGACGGAGACCAGGCUGCUGCUGAGGCUGGCCAAGGAGGGCGUGGUGAAGGACCUCAGCGGGGGCAUCCACUGCGAGUUCUGAACACUGACAACCUCACUGGGAAUGCUCCUCGGACUCUGAGGGCCGCUUUUCUUGGCCUUCUUGAGGCAUUUCUUCUACAAAUCCUUUGAGAUGCAGCUGGUGUUUUUAACUUUUAAAAGACAAAAACCAGUUUCGCUCUUCCCACUCCUCCCCCCCCC